AUGGAUAUUAAGGGUAAGGUACCUUUCCUUCGCAAGGUAGAAGGAUCGUUUAGGAAGAAGGAUUCUUCAAAUAAGAAAGGGGAAAAACCUUCCCAUAGUAACAAAGCAAGUUCGUCUAUUUCAUCCGCCGAAACUUCCCCAAGCAAAAGAGCCGAUGAUUCCGUGACUACUCCAGAAGGUCAAGUAGGAAAUCAAGAUGACUCCGGUGAUGCUGGGGGAUUGGACACUGCGAAAGCCAGAUAUACACCCAAGAGCAUUGUGGAAUUAUUGACCACUGCAAGUGUGGUGGCAGGAAUGGGAGAGCAACAGCAGGCCAAAGAUGUAGCUGAUGAACUCGAUGGUGGUGAUAUCGAUUCUGACGAGUUUGUGGACGCUAAGAGUGAAGUGUCAGUGGAGCCCGCAAGUGGUGGGAAAGUAGAAGAUGUGGAUGUUUCUAGGGUCGAUGACGGCAAGUAUUCUAAUGAACAAGCUGGAUUUGACGGCACAACUACUGCUAGAUCCCUGGGUUUCGAUCUCUCGGUCGAACCUGUAGAGAAAACCCGCGAUUACAUCAAUAGUUUAGACCUUACUAGGAGGAGGACAAUGAUACAAAAACUGGUGGACCAUUUUAAACUGAGUGAGGAUGAGAAGUUUGUUGGUGAUUUUCCAGCAUUUUUACUGAAGGACGUUCUAAUACAAGGCCAAAUCUAUUUAACUUCUAUGCACUUGUUGUUUUUCGCCUAUUUGCCUACUAAUUCUGAUGAAGUGCAAUUGAGUGGUAAUUUAAACGUCCACUCUAGAAUUAGGGGUUCUACUAGAUAUUGGGCCGUCCUAAGAAAUCAGUCUUUGUCCCUGUACAGUUCGCCUACUGAAACUUACUUCCCAGAACUUGAGAUUGAUUUAAAGACCACCGCAAGUAUUACCGCUAUUCAAAGUAAAACUACUGGGAAGCCAACAAAUAGUUUCAAAAUUGAAACAAAGAAGAGGAAUUUCACUUUCUCUGCUGACUCUGAGUUUGCUGCUAAAUCAUGGACUAAUUCCCUCAGGAAACAACAUUUUGCCGCUCAAAACGCAAAUCAAAAUUCUGUCAGUUUGAAAAUACCCUUGGUGAACACAAUGGAAGUUAUAGAUGAACCAGUUCUGGAGUAUGCUUCUACUGUCAGAGUAAAAGCUGUAGAAAGUUCUGUAUCUGGUGUACAUGUGGAAUUUGUGUUUGUAUUUUUGGACAAUUCCAGCACUACUCUCAAAAGGCAUAUUGAUGCACAACUUGAGCUUUUGGAACAAAGUGGUAUACCUGCCUUGGGGCGUGUUUUUUCAAGUGGACAAAAUGUGGUUUCCGAUUCCACUGAUGCUUCGAUCAGGGGAAAGAAUCCCAACGAUUCUAAUGAAGGUGCCGAUGUUAGCAGUCCCAAAAGAGCGUCUCAUCUUCACCACAUUUUGCCCCAUUUUCCUCGCCGUCAAGGUUCCUCGUCCUCUGAAGAAAAAUCUAGUGGUUUAUCUUCUUUAAAACCAAAAUUUGGAUCUAACAGUCGUGGUAAUGGAGACACCGAUGCCAGUAGUUCUAGCAGUCAUUUACUAAUCCCAGUGAAAAGUGUAGUGCAAAAGCCGAAAUCCUUUGUGCAAGAUUUUAAUACGAAAGCUCAUGUUACAACUGGUAAUGGUUCUUGGUCCUCUUCCUCAGAUGUAGACGAAAAUGCUACUGAAUCUAAAAAGGGACACCAACAUAGAUAUUUCAGACACGGCCUGUGGAAUAACAAGCCAAUUCAUUAUCGUAACACCUCUGUCCCCUUCGGUGAUGAAGAUCCUUACUUGGCCUCACCAGACGAAAAUAAGGCAGCAAAUGAAAAGUUUAGAGAACACUUUCAUUUGGAUUCAAAUGCUAAUUUGAUUGGUGCCUAUUUCGCUCAUUUGAGUAGAAACAUCCCUGUUUAUGGUAAAGUUUACUUGUCAGAAGAUAUGAUGGGAUUUAGGUCUCUUUUGCCGGGUACCCACACCAAGAUGAAUUUACCGCUGGUCGAUGUUGAAGCCUGUUACAAGGAACAAGCUUUCAGCUUUGGUUAUGAAGAUUUGAUUUUGGUAGUUCGUGGCAAUAAUGAAUUGUGCUUUGCAUUCAGCAGUACUGAGGCGAGAGAUGAUGCAGAAAGUAUUAUUCGAAAGAGGAUGGAAGUUUUGAAAUUAAGAAGAAGGGAAAUUAUGAACCCCACCACAAAUAUCUUAGAAGUUGAUCCUCAUUUCGCUAAGAUGAAGCUAGUUGAGGACAAAAUAAACGCUGGGGGUAUCGAUGCUCCUCUGGUGGUAGACAAGAAUCCUUACUACGCCACUACCAUCAAACCCCAUGGAAAGAAAUUGAAAAUUGGUCUUUUAACGAUUGGUUCUAGAGGAGAUGUGCAACCAUAUAUAGCAUUCGGUAAGGGCUUACAGAAAGAAGGUCAUGACGUGGUCAUUAUCACUCAUGGGGAAUUCCGUGAGUUUGUUGAAUCCCGUGGUAUUGCAUUUGACGAAGUUGCAGGUAAUCCUGCAGAGUUGAUGUCUCUCAUGGUAGAACACGAAUCUCUGAAUGUUGGUCUUCUGAAAAAUGCAGCUACUAAUUUCAGAAGUUGGAUUGCUGAACUGUUGCAGACUGCAUGGAAAGCUUGCGUGAGGUCAGAAAUAGACGUUUUAGUUGAGUCGCCCUCUGCAAUGGCUGGUAUUCAUAUUGCCGAAGCUCUACAAAUUCCAUAUUUGAGGGCUUUCACCAUGCCAUGGACCAGGACAAGAGCAUAUCCUCAUGCUUUUAUCGUUCCUGAUCAACCGAAGGGUGGUAACUAUAAUUAUAUGACUCACGUUCUUUGGGAAAACAUCUUUUGGAAAGGUAUCAGUGGCCAAGUUAAUAAAUGGAGAGUUGAAACCUUGGACUUACCGAAGACCAAUUUGGAAUUAAUGCAGCAAAGUAAGGUUCCAUUCCUUUACAAUGUUUCCCCCUCGAUCUUCCCCCCAGCCGUAGACUUUUGUGAAUGGGUUAAAGUCACCGGUUAUUGGUUUCUAGAUGAGGGGCAAAGUUACACACCACCUCCAGAUCUGGAAACCUUUAUCGCCAAGGCCAGAAAGUUGAAUAAGAAGUUAGUCUACAUUGGAUUUGGUUCCAUUGUUGUUUCUGAUGCAAAGGAGAUGACUAAAGCCAUCACUGAAGCUGUCUUGGAGGCUGAUGUGUACUGUAUUUUGAAUAAAGGUUGGUCUGAUAGAUUGAGUUCUAAAUCUGAUAAAAAGGAAAUUGAAGAACCCCUCCCUGAAUCUAUCUACAACUCAGGUUCUAUUCCACACGAUUGGUUGUUUCCUCAAAUGGAUGCUGCUGUUCAUCAUGGUGGUUCCGGUACCACCGGUGCAAGCUUGAAAGCGGGCUGUCCAACGAUUGUGAAACCAUUUUUUGGUGACCAGUACUUUUACGCCACCAGAGUUCAAGAUAUCGGCGCUGGUAUUGCACUAAAGAAGUUGACUGGCAAGUCUUUAGCUCGUGCCUUGAAAGAAGCUACGCAUAAUGAAAAGAUGAAGAUGAAAGCUCAAGAAAUUAAAGAGAAAAUUUCUCUUGAGGAUGGUGUGAAGACAGCCAUUAACUGUCUAUAUACCGAGCUAGAAUAUGCAAAGAGUCUUGUGGUCGUAAAGGCGGAACAAAGAAAUAGCCCAAGGAGCCGUCUCCUCGAACUUCCCUCUUUUGCAGCUCCAAAGUUACCUGAUUUGAAUUUGGAAAAGACUUUCGCAUUCUUGUAA